AUGGCGAACGAGCCAGUUGAAAACCCCUUUCUGCGGCCGUCGCUAGAUGGGCGCGCAAGCAUAUCCGCUACUUCCAAACUGGCCUCUAUAUACUCAACUUUACUAUCUGGCUUGUUCUUCGUCGUUGCCCUGCUCCAACCAAAGUAUGGUCACAUCGUCUCGGCACGGGGUCGCUUCUCCCCCUCCUCGGCCGCUCUCCUGACUGCUUUCAUUGCCAAAACUGUCGAAUUGACGUUCGUCAUGGUCAGCUUGGCCUUUAUUGGACAAGUCUUGUCGAGACGGGCCGUUCAGCAGAAAGGUAUCAGUCUGGCUAGUGUAUCGAUGCGAACAUGGAUCCUUCAGCCUGGCUCGCUUCUCAGUCAAUUCAAUACCUUUAGGUUUGCUGGUCUUAGCGUCUUGGGGAUACUUUCUUUUGUUAUAGCUAUCUUGUCGUUACUGUACACCACUGCUGCAGGUGCACUUGUUCAACCACAACUCCGCCUACCGCCUUGGGAACACACAGUUCUUGCCGGCGAAGUUGCAGGCGAUUUCUCCAGCACACUCAAGGCCGACCAAACAUGCCUGACCGAAUGGCCCGACGUGGGUGACACGCAAUGGGGCGGCAGUACAUGUCUCGCCGUAAAGUGGUCGUCGCUCUGUGGCCGCAACUUUGUCCGUUACAUGUCUGCUUGGGAUGAUAACGUCGCGCGGCAAGAUCCUCCGUCUUGGAUGUCUGAAAAGAUAACCGAACGUUUGCCAAUUGGUGCUGCUCUUGAUAAUAAUAUCACUGUCACUACUGCUUGGCUAGACGAUCACGAUAUCGAGGCCGACUCUAAGAAGGCGGGGAGGAUAGUCAAUAAUAUCACUAUUGCUGUGCCUCAUCGGGGUGUUCCAUCAGCUGCUCGCAACACUGAGAAUGAUUUACUCCAGCCAGAGGACCUUCAUGAUGGCGGUUCUUACUCAAUCCACGCACAAGUCGCAAGCUUUGCCCUCAAUGUAUUAUGCGUGAAUGCCAACGAGGAAGAGCUUGCUCCCAUCAUCUACGAAACCUGGCCCAAUGGAAUCCCCAUGGAUGAUCGAUCAAAAGCGGUGAAUUGGUGGCCUGUCCUAGGUUUCCCCGAGGGAACCAACACGAACAACAAGACAGUGCUUGACGACAUAUUCGGUUGGAAAGAUGAAGAUGUCGAUCACUCGCGUGCUCGACCAAUCUUUCUCAAAUAUCCAAAAGCAGCAAACACAAUUGCAAACCACACCCAAGUCCCCUACGCACUCGGCGACAGACCCGAAGUCUACAUCCUCGGCAAAGCGCCCGAAAACACCACCUCUGACUACUUCCUCUGCUCCAUGAAAGCAGCCAUCACCACAUCCUGCACAACCCACUACAACGCCUCGUCCAACGGCCAAAGCCUCGAAGCCGUCUGCUCCACCUCCAACAGCACAAACCCACACAAUAAAGACGCACCCAUCGCACCCAUCAGCUCAAACGGCGCCCGCCUCGCCCUCGUCGGCUGGCGCGACCUAGGCUACUACCUCCUCAACUCGCUGAGCCUAAACAACGGCGUCUUCGACGGCGACGCGUCCACCGCACGGAUUCUAACGCAGUUGCAACUUACGGAGCCGCGGCUGAAUAAGACGUUGCCGAGUCCAGCGGAGGCGCUGUUGACUAGGCUGGACCGACACCAACCCCAACACUAA